AUGGGGCGGGAGCAGAAACGACGGCAAGAAGCGCGAAGAGUCAAGCAGCUUCUUGAGCGAGGCCAAGUGGAUCGCAGGUUGCUGACGCCCGAGGAGGCACAGAACUUGUUUUUAUGUAUCGACAGAGGCGAGGUCCAGCAAUUCGGGAUUGCUGCCUUGGCCGCUAUAGAACUUAACGGAUAUUAUGAAGCCCCUUGGUGCUGUGGUGUGCCCGAGAUGUCUUUGCUUGACUUUGCAGCUUGGCGGGGCCGGGACAGCUUCGUUUCUGCUUUGGUCGCUGCCAAUGCCGACCCAACGGAGAAAGCCCUCGACGAUGCAGCUGCCAUCAUGGCGAAGCUUCCCAGGUCGUAUGUGGCUUGGCUGGCGCGUGCGGCCGCCCAGUCCAGGCACCGAGCCAGCCAAGACGCGACAUCGCCCACGUCUGUGCAUCUGGCUGGUGCGAAGUGCAUCUGUGAAGAUGGUUAUUUGCGGUCCGCGUCUCCGUGGGUGUUUGCGCCUUGUGGGCACCGCUGUUGUCCUCUGUGUCCUUGGCGCGCCUUUCGCGGGUUUGGCUAUGGACAAGUGCCGGAACUGUUGUGUCCCGUCUGCGGUAUAUCGUUUCAGGACCCUGCUUUGAGCUUCGCAGGGCAGCGGCGUGGCAUCAUCAGGCACGGUCCUGCUGGUCCUUUUGCUGAACAUGUCCCUUGCAAGACUUGCGGCUGUCUCAACGCACCUGGGUCGCGCUGCUGCAGCAACUGCAGCUUCGCGGUGGAUCAAGUGUCCUAUGUUUUUGCCCAGGAGUCAGAAGCAGAGUUGCAAUGUUUGGGUUUUUUCUUGCCAGAUUGGCUGAGAGUACAUGGGCAGAAGGCACUGCGACGGCGGCGGACGCUCAAGAAAUGGCAGGCGCUGCCGGAAGAAAUACCGCAAGAUAUGGAAGAGCGAGUUGAACUGCAAGCUGCUCUGGCGGCCAGGCCAACUGGAAACGCUGGAAGUUCGGAGUUUUGUCUUCCAGCGUUUUCUGCAAUCUGCACGCUCUGCACACCCUUGCUCCAAAGCAUGGGUUGCAGAUACCUUCAUUCGGCCAAAGCUAAGCGAGCAAAACGGCUCGCCGGCGCCUUCCGUGCUCUGAGUCCCAGCGAAGUGGCUUCGGAAAAGCUCGGGGUCACACGGAAGAACCGCUCCGAGCGUUUCCGAGCAGCAGCCGAAGUCGGAGAUUUUCGGCGAGUCCAAGCAAUGCUUGACGCCGGAGUGGACAUCGAUGCUCCCAACGAGUACGGUCAGACCCCCCUUUUGCUGGCAGCCUUCGAAAACCAUCGAGACGUGGUUGAGGCCAGGACGCUUUCAGGUCCUUUGGAUCGAAAUUCGACCUUGCCAGCCUUGCCAGUUGCUUCUUUCCUGGGGCGCCGACGCGGCCAAGCCCUGCCACGGUGGUGGUCCUGGCGGCCCUGGCGGCCCUGCCGCCUCAGCCGCCGCCCUGCGGACGUGCAGCAAACGGCCGCCAAGGCCUGUCGCUGUGACUUCCAAAGACACGACAAGUUCUCGAAAGUUGAAUUGAAAAGACGUGCUCCCGUUCAAAGGCUCGAGGCCGUGGAGUGGACCGAAGCCGUCAAGACUCUGCACCGCAAAGCGGUUCCACAGAUGCGCUUUCUGCACUACGCCAGAGCCGGGGGCUCCCUGCCACCGCACACGGACCUUUCGAGGCGCGAUUGGCGCACCGGGCAGAGAACGAGCCAUACCUUCAUCUUAUACCUUGAGGGGGGUGCAGAGGAGGGAGGUGGCGAAACAGUCUUGCUGGAGAGUCUGUCGGGUGGCCCUCUCGCCGAAGUGAGCCCCGUUCGCGGAAGGCUGCUGAUCUUUCCCCACGACUGUGCGCACAAGGCAAUGCCUGUCGUGCACCCAAAGCUCCUGCUGCGUGGCGAGAUGAGAGAAAAAUUGUCUUACUGGUCUCUGUUGGUUGCAUUUGUGUGUUGUUUUCUCUGCUACCAAGUAGUGCUUUGCUGA